AACCCUGGUAACUAAAACUAAACUUGGCUUUUAGUUGGUUUGCUACUCUGUUCUAGUUUUGGCUCCUAAAUAUCCUUACACUGGACUAGCUCUCCCAGCUCCCUUCCUGCACCUCUGCGAUUCAGUACCCACGGCCUGCUGACCCUGCGGGCAGCAAGCAAAGCCCCCAUGGAGGAUUGUCAAGACCGCAUUCGGCGCCGAGGAGCCACGUGUCGGAAGUCACGUGGCCGGUGCCGGAAGGCGGGAGGCGGUUGGAGGCGCCUGCGCAGCUCCGGGGAACCCGGGCCCUGCACGCCGAUAUCCCGGCAUCCUGAGCGCUGCUUUCCCGCCAGGACGACACUGAAGCGGAUUUCUGCUUCCCUCCGUCGUCCUUCUCAGCCUUGUUUCCCACUGCUGCUGCUUGUUUUUACCUCCACUGUCCCACCAUGCAGCGUGAACCUCCGAAGAAGAAGCAAGAGAAGAAGUCGGAAAAGCGGCUCUUUGACCCCGCAUCGUUCGGGAAGGACCUGCUGGCAGGCGGGAUCGCGGCGGCUGUGUCCAAGACUGCCGUGGCCCCCAUCGAGCGGGUGAAGCUGCUGCUGCAGGUGCAGGCGUCGUCCAAGCAGAUCAGUGCCGAGGCGCAGUACAAAGGCAUGGUGGACUGCCUGGUGCGGAUUCCCCGCGAGCAAGGUUUCUUCAGUUAUUGGCGUGGCAAUUUGGCAAAUGUUAUCCGAUAUUUUCCAACACAAGCUCUAAAUUUUGCUUUUAAAGACAAAUACAAACAACUUUUCAUGUCUGGAGUAGAUAAAGAAAAACAGUUCUGGAGGUGGUUUUUGGCAAACCUGGCUUCUGGUGGAGCUGCUGGAGCAACAUCCUUAUGUGUAGUUUAUCCGCUAGACUUUGCCCGAACCCGAUUAGGUGCUGAUAUUGGAAAAGGUCCUGAAGAGCGACAAUUCAAGGGUUUAGGUGACUGUAUUAUAAAAAUAGCAAAAUCAGACGGAAUUGUUGGUUUGUACCAAGGAUUUGGUGUUUCAGUUCAGGGUAUCAUUGUGUACCGAGCCUCCUAUUUUGGAGCAUAUGACACAGUUAAGGGCUUAUUACCAAAACCAAAGGAAACCCCAUUUCUUGUCUCCUUUUUCAUUGCUCAAGUUGUGACCACAUGCUCUGGAAUUCUCUCUUAUCCCUUUGACACAGUUAGAAGACGCAUGAUGAUGCAGAGUGGUGAGGCUGAACGGCAAUAUAAAGGAACUUUAGACUGCUUUGUGAAGAUAUACCAACAUGAGGGAAUCAAUGCAUUUUUUCGUGGUGCCUUCUCCAAUAUCCUUCGUGGUACAGGGGGUGCUUUGGUGUUGGUACUAUAUGAUAAAAUUAAAGAAUUCCUUAAUAUUGAUAUUGGAGGUAGUUCAUCAGGAGAUUAAGAAAUACAUGUAUUUAACUUGUUAAACAUACAAAUUAUAUAGCUGCCAUUUAUAUACAAUUUGAUAGAGUGUUAUUACUGUCAAUAUUUUUGAGAAUCUUAAUUCUGCAAUAAAGCAUAUGCUUUUUCAAGGAUUUUAAAUACUAAAAAUCAGAUAAAUGUGGGUUUCCUUCCUACUUAGACUCAAACUUUAAUGAGACAUUUGACUUAUAAGUAGUAUAUGUUAUUUCUAUUAGUUUAAAAUCUUUUUCUUUUGUGAUGAAAAAUUAAAAUGUAUACUAAAAUCUAAGAAAUGAAAGCAUAUUCUUUUUAAAUGCUCUUCUCUUAAUAUAACUGUCUUCUCAUCUUUUAAAAUCAUAUGAUAUGACAAAUAUUUCUUAAAAGCUUAUCAGGAGAUGGCAUCAUAUUUAUGGGCAGAAGUAAACUUUCUUCUACAACAUCUCUAUUAAGACAGCUCAGGUAUUACUAUGUAUAGUUUAUUUUAUCAUAUACCUGUUAUAAGCACAGAUUCUAGAUCUGUUCAUAAAAAAUUGAUGACUUUAUGACACUAUAAACAUGUAGAUGGAAAAGAAAAGAUAUAAAAUGGUGUGUCUGCUUUUAUCUUUAAAAUAAAAUUUGGCUGAUGUGAGUAUAUCUUGGAACAAAAAAUAUACCUUUGAGAAUUAGUUUGUGUCUCUGUAUUGAUAAUAAAGCUUAAAACUGUUAUAUAUGAGUUUUUUUUCCUUGAUUCUAACUUCAUUAAUAAUCAGAGAGUAACAAAUUUUUUGUCAGAAUUUGGAACUGACUUAAAGGCAGAAAACAGGGUUUCCAAGGUUUUAUACAAGAGUCUGUCUUGUUUUUCAGAAAUGUUGUAGAAGAUAGUACAUUUGAAAUCCCUGAGAUUUUAACAUUUUAGCAAGUAAAGGAAUGUUAAGCUAGAGGGGAUAAACUAUAGAGAUUGUGGAGGCUGUGAAUGUGCAGAAAUAGAGUAGGUGAACUUCCUGGUGCACAGCGGCAAAAGUAUAAGUAUACAUCUGUUUUGGUGAAUUUUACAUUGUUUUCUCACGGCAAGGUUUGCUAGGGAAAAAAAAAAGACAAAAAAGCAACAACAAAAUAAUAAUAUAUAUCCAAUAAUUAUAAUGUGGUAUGAAAAUAUCUGAUUUCUAUUGGUGGGAAAAAAAUCACAUACUAUUAAUACUACUGUGAUUUGUGGGGUGCCUGGGUGGCUCAGUAGGUUAAGUGUCCAACUCUUGAUUUUGGCUCAGGUC